AUGUCCACAGCAUUCCCCUGAUCCACCAAGCUUGUAACUCUAUCAUGAAAAGAAAUGAGAUUCGUAUGGCAUGACUUGUUCUUGAGAAACCCAUGCAGGGUCUUGGUAAUCACAGCAUCCUUUUCUAAGUGUUCACAGACUGACUGUUUAUCUGUUCUAGGACCUUUCCUGGUCGGUAGUUACCUGGGACCUCUCCCCCCCCCCUUUGAAGAUGGGGACAACAUUUGCCCACCUCCAGUCCUUUUGUACCUUUUGGUGCAGCUCAUCAGGCCCUGGUGAUGUGAAUUCAUUUAAAGUAGCUGGGUGUACCCUUACCACAUAUUUUUGAAUAACAUUUCACACAGAUUUCUAAGGUAUUUCCAGGAAAAUGGAUGACGACGACUUUGGAGGUUUUGAGGCAGCAGAAAACUUUAAGGAUGGAAAUGGUGAACCCCCAGUUACUUCUCCAGCUAUUCCUUGGGCAGCAUUUCCCACAGCACCUGAAAUCCAUGUACCUCCAACACUCUCUGCUGACGUUCUUCAGGAGUUGUCUUCCACUAAUGCCAGCUUUUUCUCUUGUGAUCCAUUAAUUCCUUCAGGUGAUGAUAUGGUGACAGAUGGUCAGCCAUCAACCAGCACUUUAAAUUUAGCUGAUCUUAAAGAACAGGUUCCAUUAUCAGUUGAUCCUUCUUUGAAUGUACCAGUUUCCUGUCUGAGUGUAACUGAAGAUGUGGAAACAGCAAGUGAAAAUGAUAGGAAACUAGAAUUGGAUGAAGCAAAUAAAGAAACACUUCAGCAAACACUUUCAAGUCUAGAAGUUAAACUUAAAGCUGCUGAUGAAGAAAAAUGUAGAAUAAAAAAGGAGUUAGAAGAUUUGUUGGAAAAAUACAGGAUUCUGGAAACAGAUUUCCUGAAACACAAGGAGGAUAAAUUGAUUUCACAUGAAGAUCAGUACAACAAGCUUCAGGAGAAGCAUAAACUUGAGUUGGAAGACUUGAGAAGAGCUGGCCAUGAGGCCUUGGCUAUUAUUGUGGAAGAAUUUAAGGCCUUACUGCAGUCUACGGUUCAGCAACGCAAAGAAACCAUUGAAAAACAGUAUGCAUCUGUGAUUGAAAAACAGGCACAAAAGUGUGAAGAACUGCUUAUUGCUCAACAUCAAAGGUUGCUUGAUAUGUUGGACAAAGAGCACAAAGUGUUAGAAGAAAAAACAGAAGAAUCUUUGCUGCAGCAAUCACAAAAAUAUAAGAACAUGCUGGAAAAAUGCAUGGAGAGCGAGAGGGAAAGCAAUAAGGAAGCUUUGGCAGCCUCUGCAAAGAUUGAAAAAGAAGAGCUGGAAGCUGCCAUUGUAACAGCAGUAAAAGCAGAAAGAGAAAACAUGAAAAAACUCCAUGUAGAAGAAAAGGAACUAUGGCAAGCAGAGAGAAACAAAGAUCAGGAAAGGAUUGCUCAAGCAAUUGCAGAUGCAGUUGAAGAACAGAGACAAAGCAGUCAGUCAAUUGUAAAAGCAGCCAUUUUAGAAGAGCAAGAAAAAAGUGAAAAAGCUAUAGAAAAAGCUGUGAAGCAAACAAGAGAAGAGCUGAUGGAAUACAUCAAGGAACAGAAAAGGAUUGAUUGUGUUAUCCGUCAACGUAGCCUAUCAAGUCUGGAAUUGUUCCUCUCUUGUGCACAGAAACAACUGAGUUCUUUAUUACAUGAAGAAUCUACAUUAGAUGCAGAACAAAAGAAACUGUCCCUCUAAAAUCACAGAAAAUGUAUGUAGUUACUAAACUAAAUGCUGCAGAUGAUCAUUCUAAGACAUUGAGAAUUGAGUUAUUGAUUCAAGAUUAAUCAGACGGCCUUAUUUGUUUUAGUCUUUGAUUUUCACUUUCAUGGCCAUCUAGUUAAAGGAUGCCUCCAAAGAUAAAGGGUUUUACAAUGGCAACUUUUUAUCACAAGGGUUUCAGUAAUGGCUGAAGAAUGCAGUAACUAACGUCCCUGUUGAAUAACUUCAGUAUCACAUUCUUUGAGAAGAAGCUCAUAUGGUUGCUCAUUUAGAACUCUAUACAUGUUAUCUGUUAAAUGGAUGUAGAAUCUUAUUUUUCAUUCCAAAUCCAUUUGACUAGAAGCAGGAGGUGGGAAACACUACCAUUUACUUCUGGAAACACAAGGGGUAAUAUCUGAAUUAAGUCAUACUGAGAGCAGACUCUCUGAACCAGUGGACUUCACUAACUUAAUUUUAUUGAUUUCACUGGAUGUGCUCUGAUUAUGGAUUAGCCUUAGUGUAUUUAGCUAACUCUUUUGAAAAUGAAAGAACACAUCUAAAGGCUUCUAAAUUCUCAAAUCAAGUCAAAUGAGAAGGUAUUGAAGAUAUCUGUAUGUUUUUCACAUAUGUAUAAUGUAGUAAUUCAUGAGAAAUCAUUGCAGAGAUAAUUUUAAACUCUCUUAACUUCAUUGCAUUUAGCAAUAAAUAAAGUUUCCAAAAAUAAGAUAAUAAUUUACAUGCUGAAA